AAGAGUUCAAAGAUAAAUGGCGACCCGGGUAAAAUGUACACGAUUAGUCUCCAUAUUCAUGUUUUCUUUCCUCUGUAUGUUUGUUUCCUUUGCUAAAAAAAGUGAUGUAGAAAUAGGAACUCGGGAAAACGUCGGACUUGAAAUGAAAUGCGGAGAAGUGGAAGUGACAAUAACAGUGAAGCGACAGUUUUUUGAGGAGAAACGUGUUCCGUUCAAACCUGAGAAUCUUCGACUUGGAUCAAACUCAACACAGCAGAGGUCCUGCGAAGCAAAGGGACCGGUGUCUGACUCUGACAUGGUCGUCUCUGCAGGGCUGCAAGAAUGUGGGACUGAGUCCAGUGUCCGUGGUGAGUGGCUUGUGUAUUCCAACCAUCUGGUACUGUUUGGUGCUGUGGUUCCCACCUCUACAGGCAGUGUGAUCGUUAGAGGAACAUCUCCUGUCAUCAUACCUGUUGAGUGCCAUUAUAAGAGAAAGCAGACAGUGAAUGGAGAACCGUUAACCCCUACCUGGCUACCCAUGACAUCCACUAUCAGUGCCUUUGGCCUUCUGCACUUCUCCCUUCGCACCAUGGCAGAUGGCUGUACCGCUGUACGUAGUUCCUCGGUGUAUCAGCAGGGGGAAGCAGUGUUUUUGGAGGCCAGUGUGGAGGCCCCGCUGCACCCUCCUCUUACUCUGUUUGUCGACCACUGUGUCGCUACGCUGAAGACGGACCCUGUCUCCCUACCAAGCUACAAGUUUAUCACCAAGCAUGGGUCAAUUUUUCCUUCUCACCAAAAAAAAUGUCUAAUGGACAGUGUGUUGCCGGGGUCUUCCUCUAAAUUCCUACCAAGGAAGCAAGAAAACAGACUAUGCUUCAGCGUCCAAGCCUUCCACUUUAACCAGGAGUCUUGGGAACAGAUGUUCAUCAGCUGCCACAUGAGGGCCACUCUGAAACCAAACUUUCACAGCCACCUCGAUAAAGCCUGCUCCUUCCACAGACCCACAUUCAGCUGGAGAGCCACAGAGGGAGACAAUGCUCUGUGUGGAUGCUGUGACUCUGAUGAUUGCCUUGGACCGGCCGGAGAGGAGAACAGUGGCAACACUGGACACAUCACUCAAUCAGAUACAGAAAAGAAGCACGAGGCAGACACAACAGUUGGGCCACUUCACACCCUGCCACGAUCCCAUUGGACAGGUGGUCUUUACGUCAAUCACUAAAGAGCCUUUUUCCAACUCUACAAUAAGGUGGCUAUGACUGUUGAGAACAAUGCCAGGGGAGUGAGGGGUCAGGGACGAUAAAGAAUCCACCAUUUUCAGAAUUUGGCUCUACUGAUUAAUACUUGGAGGCACCUACAAAAGCCAUUUAAAGCUCCUACAAGUUAUUUUUCAUAACUUUGAAGCCAUGGAGGCCUGCUGCAGCAGUAUUUUACUAUAACCAUCACAAGAGCUCCCCACACACAACUGCCGGCUACAAACAGAAAUUGUUGCCAGAAGAGAUGAGAUGAGUAAACUGAGUAAUAGACUUAGAGUAAUAGAGUUUUUUUUUCUCUGUGGCACAGAUGUGUUCAUUAUCUCCAACAGAUGAACAAUAAAGGAUGCUACCUAAUAUUGUUUCUGUAAACUUCAGUUAUUCCAACUACGGCAUCAUUCCUGGGAUCGUCUGAACUCUGUGUGAGCAUGUAGUACAACACUUCCAUGCUGUUUGCCGGCGCAGUGCUCUUCCUGUUUUGACUGAGGACGCUUCUAAUCCAAAACUCAAUCGUGCAUACUUCAAGGAAGUUCUACCUAACCCCAGAGGAAAUAAACGAAACAACACAGACCAAUUUUCAC